AUGAGCCGGCGAACCUAUCGACAAAUGGCUCCGCCACCAGAUGAGGACGGAUCUGCUUUGACUACUGCUCCUGCAUAUCAAUUCGGAUCUGCUCCUGCUCCUACACUUCAUGCAUCUGCUCGCAUUCCUGCUACUGGUCCUAAUCUAGGAGGCCAACCAGGAAUCCCAGAUGUAGGCGAGAAGGAACGUCCUAUAGGGACAAAUCAAGCUAAGAAACAACGCAAUAGUAAAGGAAGAGUAAAAAAUGAUGAUGAUGUCAAUUUAGAUGACGACUUGAAAAAAUUCAUUGACAUUGAAGCGGCAACAAAAAAAAGACAGGAAGAUUUCUUAGAGGCACAUGAACGCAUUACUCAUAAGAAGUUUGAAACAGCAAGGCUUAGGAGGGAGUCUGUUUUACUGGAAUCAUAUCAAAAACUCUUGUGUAUGGACACUAGGGAGAUGACAGAGGAUGUUAGAGCUGAGCAUGUCCUCGCCAUGAAGAUGUUAAGGGAGAAAUUGGCCAGCAACAAUAACUAA